AUGCCUCCAGUCGCCCAAUAUACGGAAAGGCCGGCGAGCGGGUCUAAGUCCCAGUUUCAGCCAGGACACAAAAUCCCAAUCCAGCACCUGACAAAGCCAGGGCUGCAAGCUGACAUGGAAGAUCCAAAACCUGUUUCGUCCCAUAUUCCGACCGAGGACGGCGGCUAUCAACUCUACAAGGCCGCGGGCAAACUCGAAGGAAAGAAGGCCAUUAUCACAGGUGGAGACUCGGGCAUUGGACGAGCCACAGCCAUUCUUUUCGCAAUGGAAGGUGCAUCAAGCCUGAUAGUUUACUUGCCGGAGGAAGAGAAGGAUGCACAGGAGACAAAGAAGAAAGUUGAAGAAGCCGGUCGUCAAUGUCACUGCCUUGCCAUCGACAUUCGCAAAAAAGAAAACUGCCAGAAAAUUGUUGACACAGCUCUUCGGACUAUGGGUGGCAUCGAUAUUCUAGUCAACAAUGCCGCCUUUCAAGACAUGUUGAGCGAUAUCAGUGAACUCGAUGAGGAGCAGUGGGAAAAGAGCUUCGACACCAACAUCCACUCUUUCUUCUAUCUGUCGAAAUACUCCCUUCCUCAUAUGAAGCCCGGAUCCACGAUCAUAAAUUGUGCCUCGGUCAAUCCAUAUAUCGGCCGGGGAGAUCUGCUUGACUACACCUCUACUAAGGGGGCAAUUGUAGCAUUCACGAGAGCUCUGUCGAAUCAACAAGUCAAGAAAGGCAUUCGUGUCAAUUGUGUCUGCCCAGGGCCAAUCUGGACUCCACUGAUCCCAUCCACGAUGCAGACUGCUGCAAUGGAACAAUUCCACGCGGUGCCAAUUGGCCGCCCUGGGCAGCCUAGUGAGGUUGGGACUUGCUUUGUUUUCCUUGCAAGCCAAGACAGUAGCUAUAUCUCCGGACAGUGUCUACAUCCCAAUGGCGGUGUCAUGGUCAACGGUUAA